AUGGGGUUCGAUGUGGGGAGCAACCUUAGUGAUGAGGGUUCCGAGGUCAACCCGAUGGACGUCAUACUGAUGGGGAAGGCGGCACCGCACCUGAAGAAGCCCGUGAAGAAGCGUCGUCGUGGGGGGAAGUCUCAGAAGAAGAAAGCGGAGAAAUCUGUGGCACUACCUGCAAUUCGAUCCUUCAAGCCAAACCCUAAGGAUAUCCUAGGCGACACACCAUCAGAUGGCGACUCCGAGUCAGAGUUAGAUGGGAGCAAUACAAGUGGGGACUCGGACGUACCUCAUGCACAAACAAUAGGACGCCCUCGCAAGCCACUCCUGGACCAGCUCACACGCGAGCUGAAUCAGGCGACCGAUGGCAAGAAACGCUAUGGUUGCAUUGGUCGUGGCUGCGAUCGGGCUUGGUCUGGUCGGACAAGUGGCCGAGUCCUUUCUCAUGCGAGCCGGUGUCUGCACCUGUCAACAGAGUUGCGAUCAAAAGCCUCGAAGGCGAGUAGGGAGAACGCCCCAAGUGCAAGGCAGGAGCAACUCGCCUUAGUGUUUGCCCAGAAGGUCGCUCCGAAUGGCGGCAUCACGAACAUGACAUUGGCGCCGGAUCCCUCCACUGUAGUUGCUGCCCAAGCGGCAUUGGCACCCGAGAACUCCCGGUUGGUAGCUGUCGACAGCAGACAGCCCAACCCACAUGCAGCGAAGUCUGGCCAGACGACGCUCGAUGUCAUGGUUGGGCGGGCCGGGCGCACUUGGCUGAAGGCACAGCUUGACCCCGCGAUCUUGAAGUUCAUCUGCUGUAACGGUAUUCCCCCAUCAGUUGUCGAUUCAGCGACGUGGAAGAACAUGUGGGAGAUAGGGAACACAAAGUACAUACCUGUGUCCCGGAGUACGCUCGAGGAGACACAAAUCCCACAGGAGGCAGAACAUGUACGACAUCUGCAAAUUGAGUAUCUCCGCACUCAAAUCAACCUCACCAUCACGUACGACGGUGGUGCGAAUAAGCGCCACCAGUCGUACUAUACUGUGCAUGUCACGACUGCCGCGCCGAAUCGCCAGCAAGUUGUUGAUCCGAUCGGUCGAAGACGCUUCAGCGCCGCUUCAUCGGACAGCACUGGCAACACGAAAGCAUGUCGGCGCUUUCUGUGUGCGACGGUCCCUACAAUCAUGAACAUACCUGAUCCGGUCCAUCAUACAAACCUUCCGAUCAAGAACCUGUGCAAAUUGCCGUUUUUCAAGGACGUGAUUGCAACUGUACGACGCACCUUGCAAUUCUUUUCUAAGUCGGACCAAUCUGCUGAAGAGUUGGCGGUAAUCCGUGAACGCCUCGGUAUACCGCGUGGCCUUGAGAAGAUAGGAAAGACCCGGUUCGCGAUGAUCAUUCGAGCUUCGGUGGCCAUGCGGCGAUGCCUUCCUGCACUCCGAGAUGGCUGCUCAAGUGGGAAGAUCACUGUGGAGGAAACGCAGGAGUGUUUCAUACGCGACUCACCAUCAACGUUGGUCUUCGAGACACAGCUGAAUCAGGUUCUCAGUGUCGGUCUUCCAUUUGCGAAGACGAUCGUCCUCCUUGAGUCGCUACAGGUGUCCCUCGCGGAUUUGUUCCUUUACUGGUGCGGGAUUGAGAGCGUGAUGGCAGAGAUCCGUGCGAUCUACAAUGCACGCUGGAGCGAGAUGUUCGAAGACGGACCUACCGAUGCACACCUGUCUGCAGUCUAUCUUGACCCGAGUCACUACUUGAUGGCACUGCUCCAAGCCGAAGCAGUGCAUGGUGAACACCCUGUCCUGAAUGUGCCGAAGAAACAGUGGAAUCAGCUCGUAAAACAAUUCAAGAGCCAGUUUCUUGCGUACGCACAGAAUAGCUACCCAUUUACCACUGUUCCGCGGCGCAAUGAUGGCCAGACUGCCUUGGAUUGGUGGAUGAUCGUGCAGUCUAUCCCUCACACUGAAGUCCUUGCUGCUCUUGCGAUCAAGCUGUACUCUGUCAUGCCCAACUCGAUGCCCGAUGAACGUACAGCAUCACUCUUCACGCGGCUGAAUAGCCCAGUACGAAACCGGAUGACCCUGCAAGCGAUGGUCCUUCAGCCGCGCACGACGCCAUCGAUCAUUCUUGCAGCCAAGAAGUUUUACGAGAUCGAGAGCACUCUGCGUGAGGAUACAUCAAUUAGCAAAAACCAAACACAAUCUGCAUCACAGGCAAGGGUUCCAGGGAGUGAAAGGGACCACGAAGACGAAGACAUUGAAGAGCCGGAUGGUCACCCAGCGUGGCUCGAUGACUCGGAGAAGAUCGAACAUUGUGGCAGUGCCGAGACAUUCGUGGUAGAGGUGUAUGUGAAUCUCGAGUCCUCCAUUCUUCGCGACUUGCUUUCUAGCGACGGACCCGACCGAUCAGACGUACAGGAGAGUAAGAUGGGUGAAGACAGGGCGGAGAAGGGGGCUGGGGCUGAGCCGGGUGAUAGUGCAGAUGAAGGCGGUGAGGUCGAUUGGGAGUUUGACAGCGACGUUUAG